AUGUCCGCUCGAUCCAUCUCCAAGGCUGCGUCGCAGCUUCUAAAGACUCAGGGCGCUACUCUGGGACGCGUGCGCGCAGCGGGUGCUGCGAACGCUGCUCACAAGCUCGAUGUGCCUUCCUUGGCAAGAGGCCAGGCAUCAGCAGCUGAUGCGUCUCAGAGACUAACACCUGAACCAUUGCCGACGUUGGACACGACGCCUUCCGUCUCUUCCAUUCCUCGAGGCCCCGCUCCGCCGGACGGAACGACGCGACAUGACUGGAGAAGAGCCGAGGUGGCAGAGAUUUACAACUCUCCAUUGCUGGACCUGAUCUUCAGAUCGGGCGCUGUGCAUAGGGUGCACCAUCCUCCUGGUUCCGUACAGCUCUGCACCCUCAUGAACAUCAAGGAAGGCGGUUGUUCCGAAGACUGUGGAUAUUGCAGCCAGUCCAGCAAGUACACUACUCCCAGCACGCCAAGCAAGCUUUCAGAGGUGGAUGAAGUCCUAGUGGAGGCUAGAAAAGCUAGGGAUAAUGGUUCCACACGCUUCUGCAUGGGUGCAGCUUGGAGAGAAGUGGGUGGCCGUAAGAGAGGUUUCAACCGCAUUCUCGAGAUGGUCAGCGAGAUUCGGUGAGUGUGAAGUGUGAUGGAGGUACAUCUCUUGCCGAAGGAAGCGAGUGGCUGACUUUAGAUGCACAUGACCCACCUGGCAGUGGCAUGGGUAUGGAGGUGUGCACCACUCUAGGAAUGCUGACUCCGGAGCAGGCGGUGCAACUCAAGAACGCUGGGCUAACCGCAUACAACCACAACCUCGACACCAGUCGAGAGUAUUAUGGCAAGGUGAGAACAAGAUGCCCCGACACGUUCUGUGUCGCGCGAGUAUGAUGCUCAUUGCGCCUCCCAAUCAGGUCGUCACUUCACGCACUUACGAUGACCGGAUCUCAACCCUCGAAGCCGUACGAAAUGCGGGAAUUUCCGUUUGUUCUGGUGGCAUACUUGGUCUCGGCGAAGAGGCAGCUGAUCGUGUUGGUUUGAUCUGGGAGAUGAGUCGACUGCCGGAACACCCCGAAAGCUUCCCCGUCAAUGCCUUGGUCGCAAUUCCCGGAACUCCGAUGCACGGCAACGAGGUGAGAACAACAGACAAGCCUCCAGAUGCAAUGGGCCUUCUGGCAAAUUGAGCUUACUCUGCGCUCCUUGCUUGUAGCCUGUGGACAUCCGAACCAUGCUGCGCACGAUUGCGACUGCACGCCUCGUGCUGCCUACCUCUAUCAUCCGCCUUGCAGCAGGUAGACACCUCUUCACCGAGUCGGAACAAGCGAUGUGCUUCUUGGCCGGUGCCAAUGCGAUCUUCACCGGUCACAAGAUGUUGACGACCCCUACUAGUGGAUGGGAUGACGACAAGGCGAUGCUGGAGAGAUGGGGCUUGAGAGGCAUGAGAUCUUUUGAAGAGAAGAGGAUGUCAAGUCAUGCGCCCGAGCAGCACCCUGUGGAGGGCGCGUCGCCCGCUCUUAGGGCCGAGCAGGAGGGAAUGGGCUUGCAGCGCAAUGUUGCUGCGCUCUGA